CGACGUUCGUCCGUCGGCGUUCUCAGUUGAUAGAACGGCGUCGGUCGAAACGGGUGUGCUCUCGCAAACUACCGUGCGCUUCCAUAAGCAAAGCACACACAAGUUGUUAUAGGAGGACCGUUUAAGCACGCACUAGUGUACACAUUUCGCCAUCGGUCAGCUGUUUUCCAUCGGUCCGUCGGAUAGUUCGCGGGGCGCGCUUUUCCGGAAACGGUCUCGGUAGGAUUCCGCCGAAAUCCGAAAUCUUGUUUGCCUGCCAGUAGUAGUAAGGUAGUGGAUAUGGGAAUGUGAAUCUACAGAUAUACGGAUAUACUGGGCCGUCGUCCCAUUGGGAUAUGAAGAAUUGCUGUUUCGUCACGAAGAUUUAGUGCUAAACUGCGGAUGACGGGUUUAUAUGGCUUUGGAGUAUGAAACGAAUGGCAAACGGAUGGCCUGUGGUGAUUUUGCAGAGAUGUGACGAUAUGGUUUCGGUUUCGUACAGUGCGACGGUUGUUUCCCAAAGAUUAAUUGUGUCAUUUGAGUGAAACGUGUCAUACACUGAACUUCGACUUCAGUUGUUUAGAGGAAACAUCUAUCGGUUCGCGCAAUCAGUAUUUCAUCACGCAAAAACCAUGCUUGGCAAGUGUCUUCCACCAUACUGGCGGCGCGACAUACACUUUCGAUGAAACUACAAACAGAAUCUGUGUAAAUCCUUUACGAAUCAAAACCUCACAAGUGUAGCAAGCAACAAGUGUGUUGUGUUCAUACAGUGGUGAGGCCGGCGGUGGCGCCAACCAAAUUGCAAUUCUUGGCGGCAAACCAUCGGUCAUCGAAAUCGUAGAGCAGCACCCCGUCAUGAUGCCGUCGUCGUCGUCGUCUGGCUACGUAGCCAGUCUGAAUGCGUUGGACAUGUUCGACAAGUCGGGAACGCCUCCGUUCCCAUCAGUUGCCGCCACAACGUCAUCGUUGUCGUCGGUCCCAUCCUCUCCGCCACGGUUGGCAGUGCCCUCCAUCAUGGGUUUUCCGUUUGACGCACUCAAUGUAAGCUCGUCCUCCGUUGCAAUCGCGUCACCCAGCCAGACACCCACGCUGGUUACGACUAGCAGUACGGUUGGUACUUCCGUCGGGACCGAAGAUUUUGUCGUGCUUCCAGGGCCGGAGGACGUCCUGUUGUUCAACAGCUCCAAUGGUCUGUACCAGCAGUCGGUGACGCUAACCGCCCGGAUGUAUCCGAUUGAGGCCACCGCGGCAAAGUCAAUCUGGGGCCUACCGACGCUGAUCUGGGGUAUCCUGAUCGGGACCAUUGUGAUACUGAUCGUCAUCCUAGCGACACUGUUCUUCUGCUGUUGGCUACAACCACGGACGCGGAAACUACUCAGCUCGAGCUACUACACCGGAAGCAGCGUAUCGCACAACUCGAUCGUGCCCAAAUCUCAAACCAGUGAUUCGAACCAGCUAGUAAUGCCCUUGUCCAUCGGGAUAUGCCCACCACAGUAUAGUGCACCUCCUCCCCCGACGAGCAACAGCGGCAGUAGCAACAGCAAUCAACACCAGCAAAACUGCACGGCAGUAACAUCAACCGGUAUACCAUGUCAUCCUGCUGGAGGCAGUGCCGGUAACACCGCCGGACAUCAUGGCAAAUACGGCAGUUCACCACAGCAGUAUUCGCAUGCGUAUCAUCAACAACAACAGCAGCAGCAACAACAGUAUCAGCAUCAUCAUCAGUGCAUCCAUCAUCAGCAACAGCAGCAGCAACAACAACAACAACAGUAUCAUGCCCAUUAUGCCCAAUUGCAGCAUCAACAGAGUAGUCAAUACGCCCAUCAGCAGCAAACUCUUCAACAAUAUUACAAUCAGCAGCAGCAACAACAUCAACAACAGCAGCAGCAGCAACAACAACAACAGCACCAACAUCAGCAAAUAACACAAUACAUUCAUCCGACACAGCAGCAGGCCCUUCAACAGCAGCAACAGAGGGAACAUCAAAUCCAACAGCAUCACUUUCACCACCAGCAACAACAUCAUCACCAGCAGCAGCAGCAGCAGCAACAUCAGGGCCAAUUGGUGCACCACAAAUCCAUGUGGGCCAUUAAUCCACUCUAUGCCUCCAGUGGGGUGAUAAACGACAGUUCCACGGGUGGUGGCGGCGAUGGCACGGACGAGGACUGCGGCAGUACAUCCUACCGGACGCGGUCCCUACCGUCGUGGGGCAAAAACAAGCAACGGCCGCUUUCCAACGCGGACGACUUGGAAGAACUGUAUGCCAAGGUCAAUUUUAGCAAAAAGCGCCGCAAUCGAAUGCGCAACGACGAGGCGGCCAUCAUCGCGCUGUGCCGGUCGCGAUCUCAAAACCUCUCGGCACUGCCUAUGGCCGAUCAGGAUGCGGUCGUGGUCUACGACGAACGGACGGCGCUUUAGGUGAGCACUGCUGACGACAAAAAUCGAAUCUAGUCAUCUGACUUUUGAAAGAAAAUCUCAACUGACGGAAUACUUAAGUAUGUACCACAGCUGGACACUGGAAACAGGAAAAACGGUUCUUUUCUUUCGG